CAAAGGAGGCGUGGAAGUCAUUCCGUUUGUCUAACUUCAGGGGACGGGAUCCCAGGAGCCGGGGUAUUCAGCGCGUUCAGAGAGGCUGUGGCUGCGGUGACCGGAGAAGCAGCUCUAGCAACUACGGCAGUCUCGGUGUUGGCGGUGCGGUCGCGGCUUGGCAUGUGCGGCGUGAAGGCCGUGCAAGCCCGAGGCUUCGGCUGGGAUCAGUCUGAUCAUGUCGACAGGAGCUCGGGCUCGGGCUCGAUCCGGGAAGCUGGUGGGGCCUUCGGAAAAAGAGAGCAGGCGGAAGAGGAUCGAUAUUUCCGGGCGCAGACUAGAGAACAACUGGCAGCCUUGAAAAAACACCACGAAGACCAGAUUGAUCAUCAUAAGAGGGAGGUUGAGCGUCUGCAGAAAGAAAUUGAGCGACAUAAACAGAAGAUCAAAAUGCUAAGACAUGAUGAUGAUUAAGUGCAUACAGUUCCCCAUAGAAUGGCACAUAUCAUUGCCCACUUCUAUGUAGACAUAGUUCUAGUUUAAUUAAUAUUUGUUUGUGUGCCACUAACAGAUUCUAAUAAAUUGUCUUCAGUGAAAAAAA